AUGUCGACAGCUCCAGCAAGGUCUAGCAAUUUGUCUGAUGAAGAUGCUAUGGAUAGGCUGAAGAAUAGGAAGAGAUCAACAGCCUCUUCUGGGCAGACUCAAGUUGAGAGGGUUCCUCGCAAGUACCUCCGCUCAUCUACCAUCCCAACCACCAUUGACAUCACGACGGAUUCUCCUAGAGAUGAAGUCCUCGUGAGCUUUCCUGCCGACUUUCUAGCUGAAGAAGGUCUAGAAGGUGGGAUCUGGCCUGCAGCUGACAAGCUCGUAUUCCCAGCUGCACAAAAGAGGUUAAAGGGACAAGACCCUGAGGUCAUCCUGAAUCAUGCUGUUCAGCUAUCCCUGCAGCUUUCCCAGAGCUGCAUAGCUGCCAGGGACAGCUUGCGGACUGUCGCUACCCUUCAGGAUAAGGUGGCUCGCCUGCAAAAGGAUAAUUUGAGCCACCAAGCUAAGUUGGAGAGGGAGAAACAGUCUCGGCUGGAUGCUGAGAGCAAGUUAGCUGCUGAGCAAAAAUUAAUGGAGAAAGAGAGGCAAGAAAAAGAUGAAAAGAUAGCUGAAGCGGAGAAAGAAAAUGCGCCUCUGAACACAGUUGUCAGAGAUGCUGAAGAAAGGGUUUUAGAUGUUCAGCUGAGGUUCCUCAAGCUGGACUCGAUGGCUGCCUUGGAGGCCCUAGCUACUGGUGGGAAGGCAGACGACUCAGAACAAUCUACAGCUGGAUCUCCUCCACUGCUUAACCAGCCAGAGGGAGCCGCUCCAGCUAGCAAGACGAAACUGUUGGUGAUGAUGCCAGCGUAG